AUCAUUGGAAGUUGGCUCCUCUCAGCUAGAAAACUAACGUCACUAGAAAACUAACACGAGUGAAACGUCAAGGUGUAAAUAUUUUCGUUUGACUGCUCCGAUUACGAAUUUUCAGUAAUUCACGAUGCCUGCUACAAAAACUGAAGAGGAUCCAUAUGCACACUGUGCAAAGGGAACCCUGAAAUUGAAGAGUGAUCAAACAGUGAGCAAAAAGAAAAAGGACAAAGAUGGUAAAAAGAAGAAAUUGGUAGAAGUCUCAAAGAUCGUCGAGGAGGAGAAAGUUGAAAAAAAAGAACUGACAAGGACGAAGGCAGAGUUAGCUUUUCAGAAGAUGCAAGAAAAAAUGCAAACUGAAAGAAUCAAGCAGAAAGCGUCCAAGACUCAUAAACAACGAGUGGAGGAAUUUAAUCGACAUCUGGAUAGUUUAACUGAGCACUUUGACAUACCUAAAGUGAGCUGGACCAAAUAAGUUUCGACAUAUCACUCGAUUAUUUAUAUGUGUAUAUAUUAUGAACAAUUAGUUUUAAAGUUAAAGAUAUAAACAUAUUACAUUUUGUAGAAUUAUGGCAUUAUUUUAAUUAAAUAUACAUGUU